CAAGUCACUGUAAUUUCUGUUUGAAUCUCAUUUGCUUAUGACAGCUCUAUUUGCAAUCCCUCUGUUAGGGAAUCAUUUAGUUGUGUUAGCCAGAAGACGCCUAUGUCUGACUAGCAUCUACAAAUGCACACACAUCAGUCUUGUUUGAAAAUCGGGUUUUCAUUACAAAUAACCUGUGCAUGACGUCCUUUCACAGAGAUAUCAGUUCCCGCGCUUGGGAAGGUCGCAAGAAUAUAAAGUUAACAAGAGACCUUUACAAUUUCCACGCUUGGGUGGAAAGAGAUCCACUAUGCCAACGAAUUUCGACACUUACCCAGAAUCUAAUGUUGAAGAAAUUCUUCCAGUUUUAAACGAUGAUUUAUUAGAUAUUUUACAAAUGGGCCAAAAUGACUUAACAUCCCAUCAGGUAGAUCAGGGUGUUUAUGUGAAUAAAAGGAAAAUCCAGUUUCCAAGGCUGGGACGAAAGCGAAGUCUGACAGACAGCAAAGGCAGAAUUAGAGAGUAUGCAGAGAAAAUGAUAAAGUCGGCAGAUGCUCAAGUCGAUCGAAACGUUCUUCGGAAACUUAAAGACUUACUGAACACAGACAGUGACAACCAAGCAGAUGAAGUUAUCAUAAUUUAAAAAGGGGGACUAAAUAGUCUCAUAUACAUCUGAAGACUAAACACUAUUGAUACCAGUCCGAGAUUAUUCUGUUUUUUUAAGUACUACAAAUAUGUAUUCAGAAAAAAAAAUUGAAGAGGACUGUUUUGAAUGUACAAAGCUGUAAUUAUUUUUUUCUAAAUAAAAUCUUUAAAACUACAUUGUUUGUUUUAUUACCUUUUGUUAUGUGUCAAUGGCCAGGGACUGUCGCAAGAUACAGUACUUAUGAU